AUGACAGAAGAAUUAGCUUGGCUGGAUUAUUUUGUCCCACUUGAUUCAACACAUCGUACAGAAGAUAUUCCAAAUAACAAAAGAUUAUUAGGUGAUAAUGUUGACGAUGAUUACCCGUUAAAACAAGCGAAAUUAGCAUGGAAUAUUGGACAGAAUCAAAAGCAGUAUACAAGCUCAUAUGGUUCUACAUUUGAAGUACCUGUAACAUCAUUAUCAAACCGCUAUUUUCUCAUCCACGAAUCAACAACAUUCCAAAAAACUUACUCAAAGGUACCAUUAUUAAUAUUUUUUCAUGGUUUAAACUCGACGGCAUGGUAUUCUGCUGUUUUUCGAACAAAAUGGAUCGAACAUGCAAAUACUGAAAACUUUUUGUUAGUUUUUGGUCAGGGUCAAGGUGAUGAGUUUCCCGAUGGACCAAUACGUGAUAAAUACGGUGACUUACUGUUUGGUGAUUUAUACUGGGAAAUAGAAGAACCGAAAACAGAUUUUAUUUAUCUUGAUUCUAUUCUAGAAUACAUGAAGCAACAUUAUGAAAACAGAUUGGAUGUGUCCCGUAUUUAUUUUGUUGGCUAUUCAAAUGGUGCAUUGUUCAGUUGUAAUGUUGCUAUACAUUAUGGUGGAGGUGUCUUUGCUGCUAUUUGUAAUCAUUGUGGAGGCUAUGGAGGAGGAUACAAAGAUGAAAAACUACUAAAUCCAAACACGAUUAAAAAAGUUAUACCAAUUUAUCUAUUAACAGGUACGAGUGACGCAUAUCGGUCAAGUUGUGAAAGAGCUAAAAUGUUAUUCGAAGGUGUGGGAUGUGAUGUGAAAAUGGAUAUUAUGGAAAAUAGGGGACAUAAUUAUUACCAAGAUAAGGAACUAGAUAUUUGGACAUUUUUAAUGUUAUAUCGUAUCAAUGGCGAUUAG